CAGCCCUCAACGCUAAGGAUUUUGCCAAGAAAUAACCAAAUGUUGUCAAACAAAUAUGAAAGAAUCUUUUCUCCCCCCUCCUCCUGUAUAAAUGCAUAAAGCCAAUACCUUCAUGUCGAUUGUGCAGUUUAUCAGACGUCUUCAGACUCUACUUUUUUUUUGACCCUCUGCUCUCUAACGACCCGUCUUUAACGACCUCAUCAUGCGGUUCACGUCUCUUGUCUUUCUGAGCGGUCUCUCGACCCUUGUCUCUGCUCAUUUCAGACUUCAAUAUCCCGAACCCAGAGGUGUCUUCGUUGCGGACCAGGAACCAACGUUCUGCGAUGGCUACAACACUGCUGCUAGCAAUCGUUCUGAGUUUCCUCUAAGUGGAGGAUUCGUCUCAAUUGACGCUCACCACCCCAAGUACACCAUUGGUGUGUUGGUUUCAACGGCGCAAAAUCCCAGUAGCUUCGACAACUUCACCACUGCCGUCAACUUCUUCCCCUUCGAGGGUACAGGACCAUUGUGUUUCCCUAUCGAUUUGAACUCUACCGGGGUUGACGGCAUCCGUGAUGGUGCCAAUGUGACCCUGCAGGUGGUCUUCGAUGGAGGGGAUGGCAAUCUCUAUCAGACAUGUCGGCAUAUAGUGCUCCGAUGUGACAUUGAGCAACAACUUUGCUACACCAUCCAACGUGUCUUGCACGAACACCACGAACACUGCGGAGACUUCAAGUUCCGACGCACCUGCGCCAACAAAUACCACUGGCACGAGCUCUGCUACAACAGUAUCGGGCUUUAGCGUUGCGGCAUUGUUGAGCGUUGUGGGAGCUGCGAUGUCCUUGCUAUAACAUUAAAAUACUGAAACAUAGAUUAACACUCAACUCAUUAUCGUCUACCAACAUGCUUUGACCUUCUUGGUGAACGAGCUCAAUACUACUGUUGCCUAUUCUGUCGAGAGAUGCUAGGUUAAUCAAUUGCCAGCUUUGGACGCGGUCCGGCGUCCAACGGAGUCAAACGCUUUGUACCGCCUCUGCCAUUGAAUAUCGAAGCUGCGCCUUCCUCUGCACAGUUCACAGAGGAUAUAUCAUUCGUUAAGCCUAGCCAUCGAUAUCGCAGUGAUCAUCAAUACAGUUAUCAUUCCGAGCC